AUGCCCAAUACUUCCCUCCGGCAGCCCAAGCAGGGCUUUCGCCGCGGCGGCAAAUCUGCCUACCAUGGGCCCAGCCAACGGACGUUUGCCGCGACCACCAGCGCCCGGGGAGAGGCGACGUCCAUGGACGAGAGAUGGGAGCGGACAGCGCUUGCGCACCAGAUCGACGAGAACAUGGGCUUUGCGCGCUACGACGCCGGCCGAAAGCGCGAGGGCUGGCUUGUCAACGUGCAGCCGACGUCGAUGGACGACCCGCGGGUGCCCGGGGGCGCCGGCAGGUCGGCGCUCGACUGCUACUUCAUCGAGGAGGACGGGUCGACAUUCAAGGCCACGAUCGAGUACGAGCCGUACUUUGUCAUUGCCUGCCGCAAAGGCCGCGAGGGUGAGGUCGAGGAGUGGUGCAAGCGCGUGCCGGGCGGCGGCGUCGUCAAGGGCAUCAAGCGCGUCGAGAGGGAGGACCUCAAGAUGCCCAACCACUUGCUGGGCUACCGGCGCACGUUCCUCGAGCUGAGGUUCUACAACGUUAACGACCUGCUGGCUGCCAGGAGGGAUAUUAUGCCGAUAGCAGAGAAGAACAAGAAGGGCAUGGAUGCCAUGGACACUUAUGCCGAGGUCGCGACUGCGAACACUGAUUUUGAUCUUUUUGAUAACGAUUCACGAAUUGACGAGCGACAAAAUGCCACUUUCGCCGAGGCAAGCGAUUUCAUUGUUGAUAUCCGGGAGUACGACGUCCCGUACCACGUUAGAGUAAUGAUAGAUUUAGACAUUCGUGUUGGAAAAUGGUACUUCGUCGAGGCCAAGAACGGGGUCACGACUGUCAUUUGCAACGAGGAGCGCCUGGCGCCGGCAGACCCUGUCGUUAUGGCCUACGAUAUUGAGACAACAAAGCUUCCCCUGAAGUUCCCAGACGCGGCCAUCGAUCGGGUCAUGAUGAUAUCCUAUAUGAUCGACGGCCAGGGGUUUCUCAUCACCAAUCGCGAGAUUGUCUCGGAAGACAUUUCCGACUUCGAUUAUACCCCCCGACCAGAGUACCCGGGGCCCUUCAUGAUCUUCAACGAGCCAGACGAAAAGGCCGUUCUGGAGCGCUUUUUCCUGCACAUCAAAGAGGCGCGGCCGACUGUCAUCGCUACCUACAACGGCGACUUUUUCGAUUGGCCAUUUGUCGAAACCCGUGCUAGUGUGAACGGAAUCGACAUGUACCACGAAAUUGGCUGGAAGAGGGACACCGAAGAUCAGUUCAAGUGCAACUACAGCGUCCAUAUGGACUGCUUUCACUGGGUCAACCGUGACAGUUAUCUGCCUCAGGGUAGUCGAGGCCUGAAGGCCGUCACUGUCGCAAAGCUUGGAUAUGACCCCGACGAACUCGAUCCCGAGCUCAUGACGCCAUAUGCCGCCGAACGACCACAGACUCUGGCAGAAUACUCGGUCUCCGAUGCCGUGGCAACUUACUACCUGUAUAUGAAAUACGUGCAUCCCUUCAUCUUCUCCUUGUGCACUAUCUUGCCUUUGGGCCCGGAUGACACAUUGAGGAAGGGCACGGGAACCCUUUGCGAAAUGCUUUUGAUGGUCCAAGCAUAUCAGAAAGGAAUUGUGUUACCAAACAAGCAUGUUUCCCCGAAGGAGUCGUUCUGGGAUGGCCAUUUGCUGGAUUCGGAGACGUACGUCGGUGGCCACGUGGAGAGUAUCGAGGCUGGUGUCUUCCGUGCUGACAUUCCAGUAAAUUUUGCUGUCGACCCCGGAGCCAUUGACGAGCUACUCCGCGACCUGGACGCGGCUUUGAUCUUUAGCAUCACAGUCGAGGAGAAAAAGUCCAUGGAUGAUGUCGUCAACUACGAGGAGAUCAAGGAGCAGAUUGCGGCGAAGCUUCUAAAUCUCAAGGAGACGCCGAACAGGAGCGAGCGCCCUCUGAUCUACCAUCUUGAUGUUGCUUCCAUGUAUCCCAACAUCAUGACGACGAACCGGCUGCAACCAGACUCUAUGAUCUCGGAGUCAGACUGCGCAGCUUGCGACUUCAACCGUCCAGGGAAAACUUGUGACAGGAGAAUGCCAUGGGCCUGGAGAGGCGAGUACCUACCUGCCAAGCGAGACGAGUACAAUAUGAUCAGGCACGCGCUGGAAAACGAGCGGUUUCCUGGAAAAUACGCCAACAGCCCCAUACGCUCAUUCCAGGAGCUGGGCGCGGACGAGCAGGCAGCUCUCAUUCGAAAGAGACUGCAGCUCUAUUCGCAGAAGGUCUACCACAAGAUUCACGACUCGACCACGAUUGUCCGAGAGGCUAUCAUAUGCCAGCGUGAAAAUCCAUUUUAUAUCGACACUGUUCGCGACUUCCGUGAUCGUCGCUACGAUUACAAGGGCAAGGCCAAAGUCUGGAAGGGGAAGACCGAGGCGCUAAAAGGAUCUGGCGCCUCUGCCACCGAAGUCGAGGCCGCAAAGAAGAUGAUUGUGCUCUUUGACUCCCUACAGUUGGCCCACAAGGUUAUCUUGAACUCCUUUUACGGCUACGUCAUGCGCAAGGGGUCAAGAUGGUACUCGAUGGAGAUGGCCGGUGUUACCUGUCUGACAGGUGCGACCAUUAUCCAACUGGCCAGACAGUUGGUAGAACGCUUGGGGCGCCCACUCGAGCUGGAUACGGAUGGUAUCUGGUGCAUGUUGCCUGCCACUUUCCCCGAGAAUUUUGCGUUCAAGCUGAAGAACGGCAAGAAGAUGACCAUCUCGUAUCCUUGCGUGAUGUUGAACCAUCUUGUCCAUGCCAAGUUCACCAACGACCAAUACCAGACCCUUGUGGACCCCAAGACGUUCAAAUACGAAACACACAGCGACAACUCCAUUUUCUUUGAGGUUGACGGACCCUACAAGGCCAUGGUCUUGCCGACCUCGAAAGAAGAGGACAAGAACUUGAAGAAGAGAUAUGCUGUGUUCAACGACGACGGCAGUCUGGCGGAACUAAAAGGUUUCGAAGUAAAACGACGAGGCGAGCUCAAGUUGAUCAAGAUAUUUCAGCAGCAAAUCUUCAAGUUCUUUUUGGAGGGCACAACUUUGGCAGAGUGCUACACUGCCGUGGCAACCGUUGCCAAUAGGUGGCUGGACGUUCUCGAUAACAAGGGGCUGACGCUUGCUGACGAGGAGCUCAUGGAGCUCAUCUCCGAAAACCGCAGCAUGUCCAAGGCCCUGGAGGAAUACGGCACGCAAAAGUCAACGUCUAUCACGACAGCUAAGCGUCUCGCGGAUUUCCUCGGCGAGCAGAUGGUCAAGGACAAGGGUUUGAACUGCAAGUUCAUUAUCUGUGCAAGGCCAAAGAACGCGCCCGUCACGGAGCGUGCCAUCCCUGUCGCCAUCUUUUCCGCCGACGAAGUCACCAAACGCAUGUACCUCAAAAAAUGGCUGAAGGAGGAGCCAGCCGACACGGAUCCACGAGCGCUACUGGACUGGGACUACUAUCGAGAGCGUUUGGGGUCUGUGAUCCAGAAGCUCAUCACCAUUCCUGCAGCCCUGCAGAAAGUCCGCAAUCCGGUCCCGCGGGUACCUCAUCCGGACUGGUUGCAGCGCCGGAUCAAUAUCAAGGACGACAAGAUGAAGCAGAAGAAGCUCACUGAUCUCUUUGGGCCGACAAUCAAGGGGCCGUUGGGGGACAUUACCAACAUAAGCACCGGCGCCCGUGUUGGCGACAUGGAGGAUUUUGGUGACCUUCUCAAGCCAAGGACCAUCAGUUCGGCCAUCUCCGCCUCACAGAAGACGCCAGCUGCACAGAAGCGGAAGUCCCCCGAGGCAGCUCCAUCCGAGAACCAAGACCCGUUCGCUGCACUUCCCAAAAUAAUGCCAUCUCCCAGCGAUGACUACGCCGCCUUUCUGGAGUAUCAGAAGUUGAAGUGGAAACUCCAAAAGCAAGCUCGCGCACGCCGGCGCCAUCUCUUUGGCGAGAGACGUGGGAACGUCCAGAGCAAUAUCCAACAGACCUUCCGGAACCAGGCCGAGGUCACCUUCAGAAACACCUGGCAACUACUCCAGCUUAGGCCUUCGGAGAGCCCUGGAAUUGUCGUUGCCCAUGUUCUCAUCGACGCGAAGAUCCACACCGUGAAGAUCAACGUUCCCCGGCAAGUCUUUCUCAACCUCAAGAGCAAGGAGCUUCCUGAUAUCGAGGUCGAUGGCUGCCAUGUAGAGCAGGUUAACCACACGCUCCCCAACGGCCACUCGUCUGUGCACCUCUUCAAGCUUAGUGUUCCCGAGGAAAUCUACUUUGCCGAGGCUGAGAAGUUUUCCUUGCUCUUCAAUCACCCAAGCGUGGAGGGCGUUUACGAGAGGGAACUCCCACUCAACCUUCGGGCCGUUCUCCAGCUUGGCAAUCUUUGCACCAUCGACGAGACCCAAGCGGGCGUGCUUGGCAAAGGUCUCGACCAAGGCUUCGACUUGUCCGGUCUGAAGAGGCCAGCCAAGCACAUAGGCUACCUUGAAGGCACCCGCAUGUCUUACAUCUACCUUUCACACAUCAGUGCAGGUGAUCGCCAAAUCUUUGGCCUGUUUUCGACGUCGGGUGAUCAAGCGCAUGUCAUCAUCCAGCAGAAGAACAAGGACGGGGGCCAAGACUUGCCAAACAUCACUAAACUAUACUCUGACCUUUUCGCGCGGAGGAGCAGCGAUGAAUCGGCUGACCCCACCUGGAAAGACUGCUUCCCAUACCAAGAAAAGCUCAACUUCAAGACCACACAGGUCACCACACGGCGGAAGGCAUUCCUCGAGGUUGGAGACAUUGUGAAGAAGAUGAAGAAGGAAGAGUCUGGCCCCACGUUGAUGGUAAUUCAGUCUUCGCAACGCAACCUCCUUGUCCACGACAUUCCCGUUUUGGGAGAGUUCCCCGUCAUGCCCCUCCGAUACGACCAAGCCGACAGCUCUCUGCCUCCUUUGGGGUGGCAGAGCGUUGUCGCGCGGCGUUUGGUGAACCACUACCUCAGUCUCGGCACGUGGAUUACGCACUUGAUCGCCCUGGCAAAGUACGGCGAUGUUCCGUUGUGCAACUUGGAGCGGGAUGAUCCCCGGUUUUUGAUCGAUGUUGCCUAUGCACGCCGAUUGCAGGCGAACAAUGUCGUCCUCUGGUGGUCGCCCAGCCCACGCCCAGACCAUGCGGGUUACGAGAAUGACGACGUGGUUGGGCCUCUUGACCAGGUUCAGAUGCCAUCUGUCAAUAAUCCCGGGACAUACGCAUCUGUUUGCGUCGACAUUGAAAUUCGAAACCUCGCCAUCAACACGAUUCUCACCUCGUCGCUCAUCAACGAGCUUGAAGGUUCAGACAGUAUCUCGUUCAACCCCGCAGCCGAUGCUCAGGGCACGGCAGACGGCGAGGACACUCUGUUCGCCGACAAUGCAUUUGCCAACGCUGCAGUUCAGGUGCUCAGAGAGAUGGUCAAGUCGUGGUGGACCGAGGCUUGCAAGGGCUCGACCAUGGCCGACGUCAUGGUCCAGCACCUUGUCCGCUGGGUUGAAUCGCCGGCCUCGUGCUUGUACGACCGAGCCCUGCACUACUAUGUGCAGAUGAUGAGCCGAAAGGCCCUCCAGCAGCUCAUGGCGGAUUUCCGUCGCGUCGGAUCGCAGGUCAUCUUUGCCAGCGCCAACCGCCUCCUGCUGCAGACCACAAAAUCCGAAGUCGGCAAUGCCUUUGCAUAUUCGCAGUACAUUCUCAAGAGCAUCAAAGGCAAGCCGCUGUUCCACUUCAUCGACCUCGAGAUUAAGGAGUAUUGGGAUUACCUCGUUUGGUAUGACGAGUUCAACUACGGCGGCAAGGCGUGCCAAGAGGUCACCGAGGAGGACGAGCAGGACCUGCAAAUGAUCAUGCACUGGCAGAUUGGCACGUUUUUGCCCGUGCGGCUGCAGCCGAUAUUUACAGACUGGGUGGUGGAGUUCAUCCAACUCAUGCACAGCAUCAAGCGACCGGCAACAGGGAGUGAUCCUACCGCCACCCCGCGGCUCACGCAGCUUCCAGUACGAACUGGCAACGCUGCACUUGGAGAGGGCGAGACGGGCCAGAUUAUCCUGGGCAAAGUCUUUGAGAAACCGCUGAAGAAGGAGAUAGGCGCCCUCGUCAACACUCAGAAGCGCGAGCUGCUGCAUCCCGAGCUGGCCGGCGACUACACGUUCCCGGAACUUCCGGGCUCGCACCUCGCUCAUCUGUCAUCAAACUCCAAGUUUAUCACUGCGGAAACCAAAAAGUCUGGUGGCAGGACGUCGGGUGACCCUGUGCUCGAGCUUGUCAAGGCCUUGAUGCAGGUCCUCAGCCUCGACAAGAACAUUUCGCUCGAGGCGCGCCUCCUCCGCAAGGAGCUCCUCGCCAUGUUCGACGUGCGCGAGUUCAGCAAGGACGGGGCGUUCCAGAACCCGUCCGAGAGCCUCAAGAUCACGCAGCUGAGCUGCGACAACUGCACCAUGGCGCGCGACAUUGACCUCUGCCGCGACGAAGACCUGCUGCCGGACGCGGCGGGCGACGGGGCGGCCAACCCCGGCGGCCGCUGGCGCUGCCUGUACUGCGAGGCCGAGUACGACCGCAACGAGAUCGAGGAGCGCCUCGUCGCGGGCGUCGAGGCGUUCGUCGUCGAGUGGGCCACGCAGGACCUCAAGUGCGCAAAGUGCAGCGCCCUGCGCGUCAACGAGUUCAUGGAGCACUGCACCUGCAGCGGGCCCUGGGUCGAGAGCGUCAAGCGCGACGACGCCCUCAGGAAGCUGCGCGUCUACAGGAACGUGGCAAAGUUCUACGGGCUUAGGAUGCUCGGAGACGUGGUCGAGAGCGUGUUUGAGGGGCUCUAA